GACAAAGGCGGUUGAAGUGAAAGUGAAAGAGAAGCAGGCAAGAGAACAGAGACCACAGGCGGUUAGUUAGGCAAGUGAGGGGUGCUCAGAGAACCCUCUCUAGCCGGGGAGCUGCAGAGAAGGCAGCCGGCACGGAAGGGCCUGCGAGCAGCCUCCAUGGGCUCGGAGCCCGGCUGGUGUCUGCUGCUCUGUUUGGCUCUCUCUGGGGCAGCCGGGAUUGAGCCCCCCACAGCAGAAAGACGGCAGGCCACGGACAUAGUCUUAGAGUGCCUCUUGGUGGCAGAGGACAGGCACCAAGGGGCUUUUGCCAGCAGUGGGGACAGGGAGAAGGCCUUGCUGGUGCUGAAGCAGGUGCCAGUGCUGGAAGAUGGCUCCCUGGAGGGCAUCACAGAUUUCCAAGGGAGCACGGCAGCCAAGGAUGGUUCCCCCGUCGUCUUCGAGGCCUCAGUGGACUUGGUACAGAUUCCCCAGGCAGAGGCUUUGCUCCAUGCGGACUGCAGCGGGAGGUUGGUGACCUGUGAGAUCUCCCAGUACUUCCUCCAGGCCAGACAAGAGGCCAGUUCUGAGAGAACAGUUUGGUUCAUCAGCAACAUUCAGGUAUCUAGAGGCGGACCCAGUGUCUCCAUGGUGAUGAAGACUCGAACAGAUGCUGAAACUGGAGCUGUCUGGCAUCCUACUCUGAACCUACCCCUGAGCCCCGAGGGUACGGUGAGGACUGAAGUGGAGUUCCAGGUGACAUCGGAGACCCAAACCCUGAGUCAUCUGGUGGGGUCCUCUGUCUCUCUGCACUGCAGUUUCUCCAUGGCACCAGACCUGGACCUCAUUGGCGUGGAGUGGCGGCUGCAGCAUAGAGGCAGUGGCCAGCUUGUAUACAGCUGGAAGACAGGGCAGGUGCAGGAAAAGCGCAAGGGUGCCUCGCUGGACCCUGAACAGCUACACACGGCGGGGGAUGCCUCCCUCACCUUACCCAACCUCACUCUGAAGGAUGAGGGGAACUACAUCUGCCAGAUCGCGACCUCUCUGUACCAAGCUCAACAGAUCGUCCCUCUUAACGUCUUAGCUCCCCCCAAAGUUCAGCUGAACUUGGCAAACAAGGAUCUCAUCUGCAGCAUUGCUGGCUACUAUCCUCUGGAUGUGGUGGUGACAUGGAUUCGAGAGGAGCUGGGUGGAAUUCCAGCCCAAGUCCCCGGUGCCUCCUUCUCCAACCUCAGGCAAAGCAUGGUGGGAACCUACAGCGUCACUUCCACCGUGACGGCCGAGCCAGGCUCCUCGGGUGCCACUUACAUCUGCCAAGUUACCCAUAUCUCCCUGGAGGAGCCCCUUACAGUCAGCAUGAGCGUUUCUCCACACACAGCCACAGAGCAGAGAGGAGCCUUUGGAGUCAUCUUGGCCAGCACUCUCUUCGUUUUGGGGCUGUUGUUUCUGGGACUUCGGAUACAAGGUCUACCAAGACUAUGAGGCACUCUGGGUAAAAAGGAGAGCACUCGUGCUGCAGCUACUGGAAUAACCUUAUGCUGAGGUGUGGGACUGAGAAAGGCCUGAAGGAGGCACCACAUGUGGGAGUGAGGUACUGGCCCUGGUCUGUACUGGUCUCUGCCUUCCUUCACCGUUGAGAAGAGAACCCUGGGCCGAUGAAAAGGGAGGUGACAAGAGAGGGCAGUUAUCUGAGUGGAGGCUGACACCAAAGGAUAUAUUUGACAUGAGAAACCAAAGAAGGGGCAAGUAAGGAGAGAGGGGGAAAGAGUGUAGGGGUUGGCCACCACUCACAAACUCUAACAUUGUAAAAUAAAAACACGUUGGGUCUACA